AUGGAGUUGGCUGUAUUGGACAAAGGAGAGUACCAACUUCGUCCAGAGUUCCGCCACCUAGUUGUCACAGGCGACAAAUGGGCCAAGAUGACAAACGACCAGAGAAAAGAAGCCCUCUCGCGCGUUCACCACCUUGGUCUUCAAGAAACUUCUCCUAACAGUGUAGCCUCUGUGAACAAAAAGUUAGUGGAAGGUGAGUCUGCUGUUUUCCAGCAGAUUCUUUCUGCUGAGGUAGACUGGAUUAUCCCAGACGUUUUAUAGCUCAUUGCGCACAAAGGAGAAGCAUUGUUAAAGGAAGGAAAAGUAACAGAGUUACUGGCAGCCUCAGCAUAAGACACCCUCAUCAUUCCCUCAAAAUCAAAGCCCACGAAGCCGCAUAUCAUCAUUGUAAGAAACAUUGAGACGUCCCACGCGAGAACAAUUCCGUAACGAGAGAUAUUGCUUUGUUUGUACAGUGCAGAAGUGAUUUUGUUGAUUGACGGACACGCGAGCCAAGUAAUAUAAUCACAUGUACAUAAUAGAUUUUGAUCAGUACCUUUUUGAAGCGAAGACGAGUGGUUAUGCGAAGUUACGAAGUUUAGGUUUUUACGAUACGAAUUAGAUGUUGUUGUAGUAAGUACGAAUCAAUAAAAGGAAUCAAGAAAUUACGUCUCGAAGUUUACAAUAAUCGUCGUGUACCCUAACGGAAAGGUAGCCUGUAAGGACUGCCAAGGGUACUCCGCGUCCUAUUUGCGUGCUCAUGCUGUCGCAGCGUCAUUAAAAAGAGGAACCCUUGAGACAUAUUUGAAGUGGCUGGUGGCUAACAAGCGUAAGACUGGUAGGCUUAACUACAGCAAAGCCAUCACCUUUGGAAUGCCAGCUGGAAGAGGCAGGAAGGUAGAACGACAGCCAAGAAGCAGACGCUGCAAACAAACAACCAGUAUGGCGCUCCCACGAAACCCCUUGCCACCCGCGCCAAGUAUUGGGGCAAAUGAAUGUGAAAACUACCCGGAUGUUGCAUAAUUACAUGAAUUGUUUCUCGCACCGUGCCAGCCAAGUGUUGCCACUCAUCAAGCACAGCUGAGUCAAUUGUACCCAGCUGUGUAUAAUCCACCAGGCUUUCCUUUCAAUGGAGGACGUUUUCAUAAUCCAUACGCGUCAACAUUUCAAGCUCACACACCACAAGCUCGUUUCCAAGCGGCACCCCCUCAUCGGUCCUUGUCUAUUCCAUCAGGACCAUCGGCAGCAGCAGGAGCGUGGCACUCGGGAUUGUCGCCGCAUUCAUAUUACCGCGUGGCCUUGCCCAAAAGUAUGAAAAAUUGCUAUGGUUGCGGCGACAAUUUUUCCGAAAAAUUUCGUCAGCCACCACACAACACCGUGGUCAAGCACUUCGACCAUCGGGUGGUACGCAAGGACGAGAGCACAGGAGCGUUGGUGCACAACGCAGACUUUGCCAACACUUAUUACCAUCCCGGUCCUGUACAUAUCAUGAGAAAAAACCCUGUUUUUGACGGCCGUGUACAUAUCGACCUCAGCACCUACCACUCCCUUGACGAAGGCCAGAGGGAAAUGCUAAAAGCCUUUGGACUGAUUGUGAAUGUCGUUUUAUUCACAAUAAUUCUACAAGCAUUGAAUUAUUAUAUUUACCUUUUCGUUACAGUUCUCUAUGUCUACAGAAAACACUGCAGGAUUGUACGAUUUAGCAAUGAAAAUGCAAUGA